GAGCGAGGAAACUAAGUUGAAGGAAUUGGAGAUGGUGGGCGAAGAUCGGAGUGGCCCGUCGCCGCAGAGCCUAGUAGACAACGGAAAGCGGAGGAAAUCGGAUAUUUUCCUAGAUGACGUGGGACGUUCAGCGGAGGUGCGGGGCGAGCAAAAGGGCUCCCCGCUAACAGCAAGAGCGAAGGAAUUGGAGAUGGUGGGCAAGCUUCAGAGUAGCUCAGCGACGUGGGAGGUGCGAGAAGCACUGGGAGCGGAUGUCGAUGGUGAAAGUCAAGGUGGUCCGCCACCGCAAGGGCCAGGAGGUCGCGAAGAGGACGAAGAGAAUGCGGAAUCUUCUCCCGGCGACACAGGGUGGCCGGAGGAUCUGGAGGACAAGCGGAAGGAGCUUCUGGGGUCGAAGUUGGCGUUUCUUGGGGGACUGGAAGCAGUGUCGAGUGUAACCGAGCAUGGUAUAGGGAUGCGGGAUGAUAAACGAAGGCAUUAUCCCAAGAAUCCGGCCAUGAAAGGAGUGAUUGAUGAACAGGUAGACGAGUGGAUCCGAGCUGGGGCUAUCGAGCCAUCGCGGAGUUCGCGAAGCGCGCCCUUCGUAUUAGCAAGAUUAAGCAAGAGUAAAAUGAAGAGAGCAAGUAGAAAAUGAAGAUGGAGUCAGGUAACGAAGAGAAUUAAACGAAGGUAACGAAAGAACAUUAAUCAAGAAAAGUAAAAGUAAGGUAAUGAGGAUGAAAUAAAGUAAGUUAAACUAACGGAAAAUAAAAUUAAGAGCGAAUAAAGAGAGCGAAAAAGAAUUAAAUGGGUUAAGAGCGAACAAAGAAAAAUAAAAUAAAAGCGAAUAGAGAGAGCGAAAAGGAAUGAAAUGGGUUAAGGGCGAACAAAGAGAAAUUAAUUAAGAGGGAAAUAAAGAGAAUCGAAAAGGAAAGAGAUAAGUUAAGAUGGAAUAAAGAAAAUGAAAGAAAAUUAAAUAGAUUAAGACAAAGUAAAGAGAAACAAAAGAGAAUAGCGAAACAGUUUAAGAGGAAAUAAAGAAAACAAAAUAAAGCUAGAAUAAGUGAACAAAGAUUAGAUUAAGAAGGUAAGAGGAAAUGAAAUGAAAUAAGAUGGUAAAUGUAAGCAAAA